AUGGAAGCAAAAACUUACCAUAUAAUGAUGUUUCCAUGGCUGGCAUUUGGCCAUAUGAUACCCUUCUUCGAGUUAUCAAAGCGAUUGGCAGCAAAAGGGAUCUUUGUAUCAUACGUUUCCACCCCAAGAAACCUGCAGAGGUUACCUCCCAUCCCAUCAGCUCUACAAGCCAAGAUGGAGCUUCUGGAGAUCCAAAUGCACCCAGUAGACGGACUACCGGAGAAUUGUGAGGCAACGAUUGAUAUCCAGAACGUACAAAUGCCGUUCCUGAAGAAAGCGCAUGACAUGUUAGCUGAGCCAUUUGAUCAUCUGCUUGAGAAGGUCAGGCCAGAUCUGAUACUUGUUGACUUUGCUGCAUACCGUAUCUCGGAAGUUGCUGCCAUGUAUGGCGUAAGCACUGCGUAUUUCAGCGUGUUUACAGCUGCUACAUUGGCUUACAUGGGGCCACCGGCUGAGCUCAAGGAUGGGAAAUCAUUUACGAGUCCAGAAUGCUACACCAAGCCACCGGAUUGGAUCCCUUUUCCUUCUCGUCUAGCCCACACGAAGGAAUAUGCAGCGCUGAUGAUGCGUAACACACAUGUCCCCGAUGCAUCAGGCGUGUCCAGUGGCCAACGUUUGGCAAAGGUCGUGGAGGAAAGCAGCUUUGUCUUGGUGAGAAGUUGCAAAGAGUUUGAGGGCAAGUACUUAAAUCUAAUUCGAGAACUAUAUCAGAAGCCGGUUUUACCGAUUGGCUUACUUACUCCAAUACCUGAAGAGAGCAAGAACGUACCAAUCGACUCAAGCUGGCCCGACACCUGCAAAUGGCUGGAUGGGAAAGAACCCAAGUCAGUAUUAUUUGUGGGGUUCGGGAGCGAGUACAAGAUGCCACUCGAGGAAAUACAUGAAUUGGCAUUCUCGCUCGAGCUUUCAAGAUUACCUUUCCUCUGGAUUCUAAGGAAGCCACAAGGAGUGGAUAGUUUGGAUUUACUGCCUCCUGGUUUUGCCAGCCGUACACUGAGACAGGGUCUCGUUGUUCUUGGUUGGGCGCCUCAACAAGAAAUACUCGCCCAUCCAGCAAUCGGGGGAUGUUUUUUCCACUCCGGCUGGGGAACAAGUGUUGAAUCUCUUGCUCAUGGGCACCCGCUAAUUCUUCUCCCCAUGGUAUCAGACCAAGGACUCACUGCUAAGCUGUUAGUGGAAAACCAAGUUGGAUACGAGGUCCCCAGGAAUGAAGAUGGUUCCUUUAGUCGGGAUGUGGUUGCUGAAUCCAUAAGACGAGUUCUUUUAGAAGAAGAAGGCGAGCAGUUGAGGCUGAAGGCUGCAGAGCUGAAAAGUGUCUUUGGCAAUCACGAGAGUCAAGAUAAUUAUAUAAGCAAAUUCAUCGACCAUCUGAGAAACAUCAUGAUAAACAAGCAAGUGUAAAAUCUCACAGGGAAACACGAAAACCUGCAAUCACUGUCAGCCAGGAGGAACGGUCAAGUCAAGUGCCCACAGUAGUUGUAGAAGUUGGUGUGCCAUUCAUGUCUUUAUCUUUCUUUUGAUUUCAAGCUCUGGAUUACCAACAACAACAUUUUCUAUCUUCUAGCAAUAUUACACUGCUCUCUCGCAGAAUUCUCAA